CCGACCCAGGCGGAUAAAGGGCGGCUCGGCGGCCCCAUCCAGAGGACACUGCGUCAUGGCCUCUCCCCUGCGCUCGCUGCUCCUUCUGGCCGCCUUGGCCCUGGCUAUGAGCUCCGUGCUCUGCGCGCAGUCAGGCAGGGCGCAGCGCCUGGUGGGUGGCCUCAUGGACGCCGACGGCGACGACGUGGACGUGCAGAGGAUGUUGAGCUUCGCCAUGAGCGAGUUCAACAAGAUGAGCAACGACAAGUACCUGCGCCGCCCCGUGAAUCUACUGAGCGCUCGCAAGCAGGUCGUGGCUGGGAUGAACUACUUUUUGGAGGUGGAGAUCGGCAAAACCAAAUGUACCAAGUCUCAGGCCAACACAUACAGCUUGGUCAGAUGUCCCUUUGAUGACCUGAAGGAGAAAACACGCUGCCGUUUCAUGGUACACAACAAGCCUUGGCUGAACACAACCACCCUGAUGAGCACCAACUGCCACUACACAUAGAGGCCCUUUCACCCCACUUGGGCCCUCUGAGUUUGCUUCCAGGCCUUAGAUGCGUGACUCCCCUGGUGGGAGUUCCCUCAGAGUACCAGACCCAGAAGACGCAAUGAAUGCCUCUGUGGCACUUUUUAAACAACUAAUUAACUCUAACUUCAAGUCUCUUUUCAUUGCUUUCCAAAUGCCGAAGUGCACAUGCUCUGCACACAAUAAAAAGUAACACAUUG